UUAUGUUUUAAGCAGAAGAAAAAAGCUUAUCAGAGCAAGUAUGUUUUAAAUGUUAAUAAGCAAUUAAUUCUGCACAUGAUCCAUUAAAAUGACUAUGAUACUCUAAAGGAUUUUGGUAUAAAUAAAGGUAUUGAUGGUUAAGUUCCAAUUAGCGAAUAUUAAUUUUUUGGAAUCAUUUAGCGAGAUUGAAGUGGAUUAAAAAAUAUCUCCUUUGAUUUGUGCAUGCUACUUGGGAAGACUUGAAAUAGUGAAAUUAUUGCUUUCUAAUUAGCAAGUUGAUGUUGAUUUAGCAAGUCUUGAUUCAGGAUAAACUCCAUUAUCAAUUGCAGCAAUGACAGGAAAUUAUGAAAUCCUUAAAAUACUCUUAGAUGCUGGAGCUGAAGUUAAUAAGCCAAAUACAUUUAAUUAGACUGCUUUUAUAAUGUGUUUUGCAAGAUUAGAAGAAGUAUUUUAACAUAUUACCAUAUAUUUCAAAAGGAAAAAAAUGUGUUUGAAAAUAGAAAAAUUUGUUUCAAGAUGGCAGAACUUUUACUUCAUUAUGGAGCAGACAUAAAUUGGAUUGUUGAUAAGACACAUGGAUUUAAUCUUUUAAUGCAGUUAUGUUCGAUUAGAAUGGAAUUGAAUUAGAAAGAGGCUGACAUUAACUAUCAGAUCAUCAAAUUCCUGAUUGAAAAUGGAGUAUCUUAUGUAUAUUAUAUAAUGAGGCUUAAAAAGAAUUGUAAUCAUUGAAAGGAAAAAAAGCAUCAGACUUACUCAAGAAACAUUCUAAUAGAGAGAAAUUAAUGGAAUUGCUUAUGAGUACAUAGUAGUUAUACUUUUAUGGGAAACAGAAAAACAGUAGCAGAUAUUCAAAUUAAUAAUAACAACUUCUUAUCAGUAAUGUACCUAGACAAUAAAAAGUCUGA